AUGAAUCCCGACCUCCUUCAUCCGGGGCCCUUCGAGCCAGAGGUACUGCAUCUACAGCAGCAUCAUAGGUCCCAGCUAGUAUGUGAUGCGGAUGUAGCUGCCAGCCUCUUGUUCCUUCCCCGGUUGAUGGAACAAGCAUGGGAUAUUUUAGACGCUCGGCCCCCACAUCGUCGUGUCUUAGAUAUACUAUAUCAGGGCAAUAUCUACCGUUGUGUCGUUCCUGGUCGGAUACAACAUGAUAGGGCUCUUGUGACGGCCAUGAUUGAGCGAUGGCGACCGAAGACCCAUACAUUUUAUCUCUGCACUAGUGAGGCCACCAUCACCCUUCAGGAUGUGGAGAUUAUUUACGGUCUACAGGUAGAUGGACACGCGUUGUCUAUUGAGGAGCCUCAGCAAAUGUCGUCAUAUCGGGAGGAGUUGAUUAGGCUCACUGGUUUCGUGCUUCAAGAGGGUGAUAUAUGGGGACAGAGUAGGAUGUCGAUACAUUCCCUCUCUACUCACUUGCGCCUCAUAGACAUGGAGCAUCCGAUUAUAGAGGACACACCUCAGAUGAAUGUUGAUCUACGUGCUCGUCUGUACCUUCUCUUCAUAUUCAGGGGCAUCCUGUUCCCGAACACAUCGGGUUCCCAUGUGAGCUUGAGGUAUCUGCCAUUUCUGGAGCAUUUAGGCAAGUUGGGAUGUUACAGUUGGGGCACUACUGUUCUGGCUUAUAUGUAA